AUGGGUACAGCUUUUGCCAUUGGCUUUGGCAAGAAAACCUCCGGCGACGUGAAUUUCCCCGCACGCUCCCGGCGACGGGGCAGCCACCUCUGCCCUACCCACAGCAAGCGGGACGAGGCAGCGCUGCUCCGGCAGCGGCUCCUGCCCAGGCAGCGGCGGGAAGGAGAGCGCGGGCAGCCGCUCCCGCAGCGCCCUCGGCCCAGGGCCACCACGGGCCGGACACGGCACAAGCAAGCCGCCGCAGCCCCCUGCCGCCCCCUCCGCCCGCAGCGAGCCCCGAGCCCCCGCAGAACCCAGCGCGGCUCCCACCUGCGCCGGGGCCGCCUCCCAGCUCCGCCAAUGCCGCCUCCCCGGCCUCCGGCCGCUGCCGCCGCUCCCGGGCCCGCACAGACGCUCCGCCAAUGGCGCCGCUGCCCAGCCAGGGCCGCCCUCAGGCCGCCAGCGGGGCCGUGCUUCGCCCCUCUUUCACCAAUCAGCGCGCCACAACCACGACUGACGGCACAGCCGGCCAAUCGCAGCGAGGGGCGGGCUCUGCACACGGCACCGCCUCGCCCCGCGCUCUCAGGGCCCCCCGGGCUGUGCGAGGGCAAAGCCGCAGCUGAGGAACAGCCCUGGAACGGGCCCGGGCCCGGGCCGGCAUCCAGCGGAAACACAAACAAACUUCUCCGCACCUCCCGACACGGCUUUCCCGGCCCUGCGCCUUCGCUGCCUCCGCCUCUGCGGCAGCUGUGGUCUCCUGUCUGGGCUGGCUUUCACUGCCAGGGCCUAAAGCGCUGCCUCUUUCUUCUCUGCUGUUUUGUCUCCAGGGCUUUCAGAACCGUUUCUGAAGGACUCGACAGGGCCACAGGAGGAGAGGUGGCCAUAAAGAAAAUGAGUCUCAGAGGGCAGAACAGGGAACGAGCGGUGAAUGAGCUCCUGCUCCUGAAGGACAAGAAGAACCCCAACAUUGUCAACUCUUUGGACAGCUUCCUUGUUGAUGGAGAUCUCUGGCUGGUGAUGGAAUACAUGGGUGGAGGAACUUUGCAGGACGUUGUCAGACAGACAUGCAUGGCUGAAGGAGAGAUGGCAGCUGUCAGUCGAGAGUGUCUGCAGGGCCUGGAUUUCCUCCAUGCGAGCCGGGUGAUCCACAGAGAUCUGAAGAGCUCCAAUCUCCUUCUGGGUAUAGACGGCUCUGUCAAGCUGACUGAUUUUGGCCUCUGCGCUCAGCUCAGCCCUGAGCAGGACCAGCACAGCUCCAUGGUGGGCACUGCUCACUGGAUGGCCCCAGAAGUUGUCACCAGUUCUCCUUAUGGCCCCAAGGUGGACAUCUGGUCCUUUGGCAUUGUGACCAUCGAGAUGGUGGAAGGAGAACCUCCUUACUUCAAAGAAACGAGGGCCAUGGCCCGUGCUCUAAUCCGGCAGAACGGGACCCUGCAGCUGCAGGAGCCCAGGCGCCUGUCAGCUCUGCUGCGGGACUUCCUCGAGUGCAGCCUGGAGCCGGACGAGGAGCGGCGCUGGUCUGCCCAGGAGCUGCUGCAGCACCCAUUUUCAUCAUCAGCCAAGCCUCUCUCCAGCCUGACCCCUCUGAUCACCGCAGCCAAGCAACUGAGGGAGCAGCGGAGGAGAUGAAGCACUGGAGGACAGCUUUUAGUUACAGUAGCUAGUUAGGACAACUAGUUAGUUAUGGUAGUUAGCACUGCUAGUUGGUUAUGGUAGAUAGG